ACGCAGGGAAACAGAGUAACAGAGAGCCAGAGAGAGAUAUGUCGAGAUCGCUUCCUCCUCGGACCCAUCCUCGGACCCUGUUGAGGCGCUGCGUUGCAUCUCACCGCAAUCUCAUGUCCAUAGAUCCGCGAGUUUCACCCGAUUGCGUGGCUUCGCGUCGUGUCUCGCUUCCAGGCCCGACCCACUGAGCUGACCCGAACCCAGAUUCUCAUUCUCACUGGGGCGUGGAUGGGGUUUCUUCUUCUACUUCUUCAUUGAUUCUGACUGACCCCACGUCGGAGGUGGCAUCAGUGAGACUGGGCGAUUGAGGGACGGGAGAUUGGAGUUUUUUAGUCUCCUAUUAUUUUGGGUUUUCCCGUGAAUGCCAGAGACCAGGAGUUUUUUCGUAGUAGUUGUGCGACGUGGUGGAAUUGCCACGACUGUUUGAUGAUUAAUCGACGUUGACGUGCCUACGGUUGGUGAGUAAGCGAGAGCUCGGAGAGUAUUCUAGGCUUACAGAGCCGUGCGUGGCGGUCGUCAAUUGAGGCGAAACGUAACGACCUCAGUAAAAGGUAUUUUGUGGUCGCAUUGAAGUUGAUAUUGGUACAAGGUUGAAGUGUUGCUCAAGGAACAGGGUUCCUGUGAAGUUGGAUGCAAUGAUGGGUUCGGGAGAGGACGAUGCGCAGCAGGCGCGGCUCUAUACCUCGACCGAUGCAAUGGAGAGUCUACCUUUAGAAGACCAUCCCCAUUCGUAUCUUUCUACCAGUGACUACCGGAGUGCCAUGUCGGGUGGGGGUUCAAUGCUACAUGAAUCUCACCCGCUUGCGGCAAGUCCGGAGCAGCCCCUAAACAUGUUUAAGGAUUCGUUCAGGAAAGGAUUCCAGGAGACGGGUCGCAGCAAUAGUUUCAGAGACACCAUGAUUGAGCCACCUUCUUAUGCAGAUGCAAUUUUUUCCCCUUACCUGGCCGAUGAUUCAAACGGUAGUGCACGUGACUUGGGGGUUCAUGCUUCUCCUUCAUUCACUUCAUCCUCAUCGUUCUCUGAGAUUCUGCAAGUGAGGGUCACUGAUCCUGAAAAAGUUCAAGAACCAGGUAGUUCUUUGGUACCAGGAGGGACCUCCUACAUGACAUACAAAUUUACCACACAUACAAACAUUCCAUCAUACUUGGGUUCAGAUUUCACUGUGAGGAGGCGGUUUCGUGAUGUUGUAACCUUAGCCGAUACGCUAGCAGAGAGUUACAGAGGGUAUUUUAUUCCUCCUCGUCCCGAGAAAAGUGUUGUAGAGAGUCAAGUUAUGCAAAAGAUGGAAUUCAUUGAGCAACGAAGAUUAGCUCUGGAAAAGUACUUGGCCAGACUAGCAGCACAUCCUGUCCUUCGUCACAGCGAGGAGCUCCGAAAAUUUCUCCAAACUGAGGGACGAUUGCCUCUUCAACCGACCACAGAUAUUGCAUCUCGAAUGCUGGAUGGGGCUGUCAAGCUCCCGCUCCAACUUUUUGGAGAAAGCAGCACAAUGUUAAGUCCACAAGAGGCUGCACAACCUGCUAGAGGAGGUCGGGAUCUGCUUCGGAUGUUUAAAGAACUGAAGCAGUCUGUUACAAACGACUGGAGUAGUGGCAAGCCUUUUGUCGUUGAAGAAGAUAAAGACUUUCUGGAGAAGAAGGACAAGUUGACGGACCUCGAACGUCAACUGAGUUAUGCCUCUCAGCAGGCCGAGAUUUGGUUGAAGGGACAACAGGAGGUUGGUGAAGUCAUGGGAGACCUAGGCUUAGCCUUCUUCAAAUUGGCCAAGUUUGAGACAGAGAAUACGAUGGUACCUUGUCAGCGUAUGUUUGCUGCAGAUGUGAAACGCGCAGCUACUGCUGCUGUUAAAGCAAGCAGGUUUUAUCGAGAAUCGAACGCGUUUUCUGUCAAAAAUCUGGAUGAAUUACACGAGUAUUUAGGAUUGAUGCAGGCUGUGCACAGUGCAUUUUCCGACCGCAAUAAUUCGCUAAUUACAGUGCAAACUCUUACACAAGAUGUGGCAUCGCUUAAUAAGCAAAUUGAAAAGGCGGUGGCUGCUUCUAAUAAGAUCUUUGGUGGGAGCAAGUCACAAAACCGCAAAAUUGAAGAACUCAAAGAACAGUUGAAGAAUACAGAAGAAGCCAGCCAGCUGGCGAAUAAGCAGUAUGAUCAGAUUAAGGAUCGCAACAAAUCGGAGGUGGAGCGUUUUAAUGAGGAAAGAAAUCGCGACUUUAUGAACAUGUUGCGGGGUUUAAUUCAAACUCAGGUUGGGUACUCGAGGAAAAUGGCGAACGUAUGGACAAAAGUAGCGGAAGAAGCAGCGGGAUCUUCUAACCGGUCGUCAGAAGCUUCCUCAUCGGGCUUCUCAACACCUAGUUAACUGCACAAGCAGGAAUUCCUUCAUGUUAAUGACCUCGUGUUGGACUGCUGCUUGCUGAUUAGCAGCAGGUAGAGUUGAAUAAUGUAAGUUAGUGCUAAUCCUCUGGCCACUGUAGGUGUAAAAUGCGUGUUAAUUGGCCCUCCUGCCCAACUCUUUGUUUGAAGUUGAGCUGGAAUUAACGAUGCUCUCUGUUUGAGGGGCGCACCCUUCCAAAUGUUUUCGCGGUGUCACGGUCACAAAAGCUGUAACAAAAAUCUGCAGGUGGUGAUCCUUUA